AUGGAAAUCUACGUGUACCUGAUUGUAUUUGCAGUGGUGCUGCUCUUUGUCGUGUUGCUGCCCAUGGUGUCGGGCAUUGGAAGCUUCAGCAUCGAUAAACCAGUGAAGAAGAGCAGCGGGUCGACGAAGGAGUCCAAGAUGAAGGAGCCAUUCAAGUUCAAGCUCAGGAAAGAGGAUAAUGAGCCUGAAAAUGCAUCAGCAUUCUCUUCUGCUCGAAAAACCGGCAAGUUCCAGGUUGAUCCAAAAACUGGAUUGAAGAGAAGAGUCAUCGGGAAGUUCGAUGAGGAUCCAAACAAUUACGACUACGACUUGGAUGACCUUCUCAAUGAAGAUAGAGUUGAAGAAGAGAAGGCGCAAGUCAGAAGACUGCAAAAGUUCCAAGGAAGCACUGAGAAAGCUUACGAGGAACUUGUAUAG